CAUCAGUUGAAACUUGCUGCGGCCAAAGAAAAUUUGGGACGAGAAAUCUGCGUCUUUGAAACUUCAAGACUUUCUCAAUCGUCAAAUGAAGUGUCCAACCUUGACGAAUCAGAUGACUUCUAUGAGUUCACUGCUGAAGAUUAUCACCGACUUUUGGCAACCAAAAAGGAAGAUAAAUUCUUAAAGACAAGAAAAAUUAGAGAAGCAGAAGAAGCAGCUCGCCGUGCAAGAAUAACGAAGGCUGUAGUUAGAGUUCGGUUUCCUGAUAAUCAUACUCUAGAAGUGACAUUUCAUCCGUCAGAAACAAUGCAAUGUUUAGUCGACCUUCUCAUGAAAGUAGUUGCUCGACCUGAUCUACCAUUCUAUUUAUAUACUGCUCCGCCUAAGAAGCAGCUAAAAGACAUGUCCCAGGAUUUCUACUCUGCAGGUUUCAUUCCUGGUGCAAUUGUGUAUUUUUCAUACGAUCUGCCAAAAGGUGACAAUUCUCCAUCCUCAAAUGAAAUUCCCUUCCUAACAGAAGAGAUUAUGGCAUUGAACGGUUUGGAAAUCAUGGUGGAGCAGGAAGAACCUGUUCAGACAGAACAGGAACCUGCAGUUCCCAGUCCCAGCCCUUCCCCUGCUACGACUCAGGAGAGCAAGGCUGCCGGAAAGAAACCUGCAAAGCCAAAAUGGUUCAAAAUGUAAUCCGGAUCAGUCAGAACAUGUGCUUCUCAUUCUCCUGCUUAGACCAUUUCCUUUUCUUUUUCCUUUGCAAUUGAAAUGCUUGGUGGUACGUUCAUGCUGCUAACCUCUGAAGCCGAGCUUCGAUGUGCCAACCUGCAGCAGCAAUAUGCAUUCUUUCAACAUGAUGGGAAGCUGUAAUGAGGUUUUAAGCCAGUCAAUGGAGCUUUUUCAUAUAGAAGCGCUUUUUUUAAGACUGUAAAAUGUUUACUCUGUUAAAUUGGUGAUGUAACUCAAAUAUCUAUAUUAUGUUUAGAAGACAGAUUUCUUUUCUUCA